UUUUGACUAGGAUAUGACUUAAUGAAAAGUAGCUUAUUUUUAUGAAGUCUACGGUGGAUCCAGCGGAGGAGAGUGUAAAAACAGUGUGGCAAGUGGCGUUGCAUGAGUUGAUAAGCCGGGCCGUCCCUAGACUGGCACGGGCAAUGAAAAGGCCAGAUGACUCUGGCGGGCCUGAUGCUGGUGCUGAGCUGGCUGUUGCCAGGCAGCUGCGGCGGCGCCUGAAUGACUCAGCCAGCGAGGGCGGCUCAGAGUCCGGGGAGACCGAGCGGCGCAGGUCGCGGCGCAGGGAGGCGGCCGCGCCGAGCCCGCCGCUGCCGGGGCCCGUCGACCAGCCGCUUGGGAAGCGGCACCGGUCCCCGGAUCAGCCGGACGCGCUUCUUGCCGGCCGGCCAGUCAAGAAGCUCAUCAAGUUCCGGAAGCCGGCCAACAUCACGGCCAAGAACAGGGCGGCCGCGCUGCUUACCAAGACGGGCAAGAAGAAAAAGAAGCCGUUUAAGGGACUGAGUUACUCAUUUGGGCGGAAGAGAAAGAGGGUGAAAAAGGAGGAGACUGCUCAGGAGGAUGAGUUGGGUGUCUGCUAUGUAAAAGAGUUGAAUCCAUCAGAAGCUAAAAAAUUGGAGGAAGUGCUUGGUGAAGACUCAGAAGAGGUUGAUGAAGAAAUGGAUGCUGAAGCUGGAGAUGAAAUUGAUGCUGAAGCUGCAGAAGAACUUGGAGAUGAAGCUAUUGAAGAAAUUGGAGUUACUGCCAUUCCGGAAGCUGGGCACAAGAGCGUUGAGGGAAAUAUGUUUGAUGUUCAAAAUGUCGCCCCUGAAGAGCUUGAACAAAACCUCUGCGCUCAAGAGGUAGAUGCGACGAGGGAUGACAUUCGCGAGAUGUUGUUAAAGGGGAAGGCUAGGAAAAGCAUACCUCAGGUGAUACUGAAGAAGAAGUCGUUCAUUCCGAGUGCUGUUCGUGAUAUAAGUCCUGAUAGUUCCAGUGACGAAUUCGAAGACGAGGAAGUGAUCCGCGACCCCGCGGACGUGAACGGCUCGGUGGCGUCGGCGGUGAAGCUGCGCCGGAGCAGCGUCACGCAGCCGGCGGUGCCGUACAGCCGGCUGGCGCGCGGCGACUCGCUGACCGGCAGCCCGGCCGGCUCGGUCACCGGCGGCAGCGGCGCGGGAGAGGCCGCCCCGCCAGAGGGCACCGUGCCGCCCGCCAAGAUGAUGGACCCGGUCCUGACAAGCAUAUCGUGUAAGUGCGUCGAAGCCAAGACGCCGCUGGCCGACCUGGACCUGGCCAAGCGUGACUACUACUGCCGCGGCAUUGACGCUAUCGACGGUCGUCUCGUCGGCUGCUGCAACCUGGUCACCACCAAACGGAUGAUCCGCCCCAGCUUCAAGGUGCCGUUUCUGCUCAUGUGCGGCCUGCACCGGGAGCGCAUGCGCAGACACCACUGCUGUCCGUCCUGCGGCGUGUUCUGCACUCAGGGCAUAUUCAUGCGGUGCACGCACGAGUGCUCGCCGCACCUCUUCCACCGGAAGUGCGCGGCGCAGGUGGGCGAGCUGCUGAUGUGCUCGCACUGCGGCAACAUGGACGACCUGCGGAUGGUGCAGCUGACCAUCCGCACUGGUCGCACCCCCACCUUCUACCACCAGCAGGGCACCGUCAGCAAGAGCCGGAGCGCACGGAUGGCGUUCAGCCGCGAGCUGGAGCUGGGCUCGGCGGCCGGCGGCUUCAGCCGUCCGUCGGCCCACCUCAGUCCCUACCGGCUGACGCUGCCCGACGGACGUGUGCUGGCCGCCAACUGGACUGCCCGUCGGCCCGGACCGGGACCAGCUGGAGCAGAGUCUGCUGGCUGUGACGCAGGCGGCCGCCUCCAUAGGCGGCGAGGCCAAGAUCGGCAUCAAAGACCAGCUCAAGAUACUCCGCAGCUGCGACCUGGACAAACUGCUCAUGAUGAUCGGUGGGUGCGCCCCCAGGGCUGGUCGCCCAACCAGAAGUACCGCGAGUGCGGCCACCAGACGGCGCUGCACCUUAUCGUGCAGCAAGGCCACGUGGCGGCGGCGCACGUGCUGGUGACGGCCGGCGCCUGUCUGGACCCCGUGGACCGGGACCUGCAGACGCCUCUCAUGAUGGCCGCCUCGCGCGGCCAGAACGACGUGCUCAAAUACCUGGUGACGGCCGGCGGCGCGCUGAACGCCAAGGGCGAAGACGGCAUGACGCCGCUACACCUGGCGGCGCAGGCGGGCAACAUCGAGGGCUGCCACUACCUGCUGUCGAGCGGCCGCACCGAGUCCGGAUACGUGAACCUGCAGGACGACGGCGGCUGGACGCCGGUCGUCUGGGCCUCCGAGCACAAACACCCGGCCGUCGUCAAGUACCUGCUGGAGCGUGGGGCGAACCCGCAGCUGUGCGACGAGGAGCAGAACACGGGCCUGCACUGGGCCGCCUACUCCGGCUCCAUGGAGAUCGCCGAGCUGUUCCUGACGGCCGGCUGCCAGGUCAACUCGCCAAACGUCCACGGCGACACCCCCCUGCACAUCGCGUCCCGUCAGCAACACUACGAGUGCGUGCUGCUGAUGCUGGCACACGGCGCCAACGUGUACCUGCGCAACCGCGAGGGCAUGCUGGCGCUGGACUGCUGCGGUCGGGACCGCUCCGAGACGCAGCAGGCGCUGCUGCUCAACAUGGAGCUGAGCCAGCUGGCCAGCCGCAGCGGCGCCCGGCGCGGCGAGCGCGUGCUCAGCAACGACGUCAGCCGCGGCAAGGAGAAGCUGCCCAUCCAGGCCGUGAACGAAUGCGACGACACGCCGCUGCCCACCGACUACGUGUACAUCUCGGAGAGCUGCGAGACCAUGAAGCUCAACAUCGACAAGACCAUCACGUCACUCCAGUCGUGCAACUGCCUGGACAACUGCCUGUCGUCGGACUGCAUGUGCAGUCAGAUCAGUCUGCGCUGCUGGUACGACCCGGACGGCCGGCUGCUGCCAGAGUUCAACUACACAGACCCUCCGAUGAUAUUCGAGUGCAACCGAGCGUGCGGCUGCAACCAGCUGACGUGCAACAACCGGGCCGUGCAGCACGGCAUCACGGCCCGCGUGCAGCUGUACCGCACGCCGGACCGCGGCUGGGGUGUGCGAGCCCUCAGGCACAUCCCCAAGGGCACUUACGUGUGCGAGUACGUGGGCGAGCUCAUCACGGACUCGGCGGCCGACCAGCGCGAGGACGACUCCUACCUGUUCGACCUGGACAACCGGGACGGCGACACCUUCUGCAUCGACGCGCGCCGCUACGGCAACGUGGCGCGCUUCAUCAACCACCGCUGCGAACCGAACCUGGUGCCCGUCAAGGUGUUCGUCGAUCACCAGGACGUGCGGUUCCCGCGUAUCGCGCUCUUCACGUGUCGUGAUGUCGAGCCAGCUGAGGAGCUCGGCUUUGACUAUGGGGAGAAGUUCUGGAUAAUCAAGUACAAGAUGUUUACAUGCAAGUGCGGCUCGAUGAAGUGUAAGUACUCGUCGGAAACGAUCCACUUGACUCUGGCCAACUACAACCGCAAGCUCGCCGAGGCCGAGCAGAAACACAGCAACUGAGCUUGCCCGCUGCUGCCAGUGGCCAGUCGACUCUGCCGGGCGGUGGAGGGUCACUUGGUCUCCUCCAGCACCGCUCUCCUUUUCUUCUUCCGAUGCUGCGUAGGCUGCGGCCGUACUGGGAGCGGAUGCUUGAAGUCGCAUCUCUAGCCUGUCGCGAGCUUGGCUUUUGGGUCCUUGUAUAAGUUUGUUUGUGGCACAGGGAAUAUACCGGCUGUUUUAUUUGAAUUUUGCUGUCAGAAAUUUUCAGAACUUUUUUGGAUCGGGACGUGUUGAUCUUUCCACACGCCAUGUAUGCUUUAAAAGUGGCCCCAAUCUGAAUGCGUGCAACCAUUGGCAUUCAUUGAAUCUGUCGGUUCGCAUGUUGGGUCCAGGUGAACAGCAAGUGGUGGCGUCUCAGGUGUACUCCUUAAGCCGCGGUGCUCUGUGAAGAGCGUGUUGGUUGUUUGAUCGAGCGCAUUGUUUUCGAUGUUACCAGCGUGUUGUGAGAGGCUCUCCAGAGUAUGCGUGCCAGCCAUCGAUUUCUGUGACGAAUACGUAUUCAUCAAUCAUUCACUAUCGAGCGCCGCUGGAGACCUGUGGAGCAUGCGUGAUCAAAUUCCGCUGUCCAUCUUGAUGUAUCGUGUCCAGUGUCCAGCCACGAAUACACUGACCGGUUUUAUCAA